AUUUAAGCUCUCUGGUAACGACUGUGAGGCAACAGAAGAGCGACUGAAGCACGACUGUCAACAACGCAAGGCCUGAGAGGGUUUCCAAGAGCAAACUUGAGUGUACGUGGACAUCAUCAGCCACAAUGAGCAUUCUCAAAGUGUUCACUGUUGCCCUUGUGCUGUUUGGAACCAGCUGUCUUUCAAAUCACCAUGGUCCACCAGGUCCACCUGGAUCACCUCCAGGACUACCUGGGCCACCAGGGCCACCUGGUCCACCAGGACUAACCGGACCACAUGGUCCCCCAGGGCAAGAUGGUCCACCAGGACCACCUGGACCAGGUGGUCCACCAGGUCAGGACCAACCGGACCACCUGGACCACCAGGACCCCCUAGUCCACCAGGACCACCUGGACCACCAGGUCCUCCUGGGCCACCAAUAAAUUAUCCAUAUUGGCCUCCCUUUCACC